GUUUAGUGUAGCGUUAGAUGCAGCCUUUGCAAGCAGUUCCAGCCCUCUUUAAAUCUCUGCAAUCUAAUUAAAGAGAUACAUAUGAUUCUUUGGAAAACUUGCUAAUUUCAGUUUAUUUUAUUUAUCUGUUAAAUUAUUAUGGAUAAAGUUUCAGCCGUGCAGAAGAAAAAGAGAAAGGAUUUCAUACCUUACUUUUUGGGCUUUGUCCUAUUUUUGUAUGCCUUUGUUCAUCUGGUAUCAUUUACAGCAAAAACUGCUCAGGAAAACCACUAUGUCAGGGUGCGCCGGGCUCUUGAGAAUGAAACAGAAUGCAUCGCACCACAAGCCUCUGAGUUUCCUGAAGGCUUCUUCACAGUACGGGAGAGGAAAGACGGGGGCUUGGUCAUUUAUUUUAUGCUCAUAUUCUAUAUGCUUUUGGCUGUUUCCAUAGUCUGUGACGAUUACUUUCUGCCAUCUCUAGAACUAAUAAGUGAACGUCUGGGACUGUCUCAGGAUGUGGCAGGAGCUACAUUCAUGGCCGCGGGGAGUUCUGCACCUGAACUGGUCACAGCUUUUCUGGGUGUGUUUGUGACUAAGGGGGACAUUGGAAUUAGCACCAUAGUGGGAUCCGCUGUGUACAAUCUGCUCGGAAUCUGUGCAGCCUGUGGACUUUUGGCUUCUAUGGCAGGGUGUCUCACCUGCUGGCCCCUCUUCAGGGACUGCCUAGCAUACGGAAUCAGCGUUGCUGCUGUUAUUGGGAUCAUUUCCGAUAACAAGGUGUUCUGGUACGAGGCAGCCUGUCUGCUGCUGGUCUAUGGGGUCUAUAUUGUGGUUCUGUGCUUUGACCUCCGCAUCAGUGAGUUUGUCCUAAGGAAGUUGAGCCCAUGCUGCACCUGUCUAGAUCCAGCUUCUGCAGAGAAGCAUGAGACGCAGCCUCUAAUGGGCUGGAACAUUGACACCGGCCUGCGAGUCGGCGGACGCUCCAGAACAGACAGCGGUAUCUUUCAAGAUGAUUCUGGCUACUCUCACCUGUCGCUUAGCCUGCAUGGUCUCAAUGAGAUUACUGAAGAACAAAAAAGUGUCUUUGCUGUACCAGAGAGUGACCUUAAAAGGAUCUUAUGGGUUUUGUCUCUGCCUCUCAUCACGCUGCUCUUCAUUACCAUCCCUGACUGCAGAAGACGCUUCUGGAAACAAUGGUUCAUGAUAACUUUCCUCAUGUCAGCAGUCUGGAUCUCAGCCUUCACGUACGUGCUGGUCUGGAUGGUCAUUGUCGUAGGUGAAACCCUCAGCAUACCAGAUACAGUUAUGGGACUCACUUUGCUCGCUGCUGGAACCAGUAUACCCGACACAGUAGCCAGUGUGAUGGUGGCUAGAGAAGGAAAAGCUGACAUGGCCAUGUCCAACAUUGUGGGCUCCAAUGUCUUUGACAUGCUGUGCCUGGGCCUGCCGUGGUUUAUCAGGACUGCCUUUGUGGAGACCAACACCCCAGUAGAGGUUAACAGCACUGGACUGAUCUUCGUUUCAUCCACGCUACUUCUGUCCAUCGUCUUCCUUUUUGUAGCAGUGCACAUCAACAGAUGGAGGCUUGACUGGAAAUUGGGAAUCAUUUGUCUUUUUUGCUACAUUGUCUUUGCCAUUCUGUCCAUUUUAUACGAGUUAGGGAUUAUUGGGAAUAAUCCCAUAAAAAUGUGCAGUGACUGAAACCAGACAUUCUCAGGACUGAAGACAUACUUUCUGAGACUAACAGCCCCAACACCCUGAAAAAACGUUAAGCUGAGAUUAACAAAUAUCAAGGAGCAAUGGCACUUGUUGCAAAAAAUACCUCGCAUGCUUGGUUACCACUCUAGAUCUUUAUGUAUUUUAACAAAAAGUGGAAACAUGAGUUCUAAUAAACUUUGUCCAGAAAUAAACCAAACCUUUUAAGAA